AAUUACAAUUUUACUACUUCAGUUGAUUGUAAAUUGUUGAGCUGGUGCGAAACAAUGGUUGUUCUCAAAGAUAAGAUUUUGAAUUUUCACCCGGACACCCUGUAUGUGGCGAGGAAGGAUGUGAACUUGGAAAAAGAGGAGAGGAUUGAAGAAGCCCUGGAUAUUCUAGAAGGUUGGGUUAAGAAGCAGACGCACUUCGCUAAGAAAGAUUUUUCUAGAGACUAUCUCGAAAGGACAUUGAUAACAGCGAAGGGACUGGUAGAAAGAGCCAAGGUCAGGAUCGACAAGCUGUGCACAUUCAAGACCUUGAUGCCAGACCUGUAUCCAUCAUCAGUGUCCAGAACUGACUAUGAAGUACUGGAGAAAUACUUAAACCACGCUCAUCUGCCAACUCUUACCAAGGACCAUUACAGAGUAUAUCUGUUACAACUUAAUGCUGACGAUUUCUCAUCCUCUGUCGUGAAUACUUACUACAGAUAUAUUGUCGUGACAAGUGAAUAUUUAAAAAUCCACGACUACAACUGUGGUUUCAUUGUUGCUCUGGACUUCAGAAACAUCAAUAUUUUGAACGUAGUAGCAAAAUGCACUCCGAUGGAGUUAAGACAGAUUGUAACGUUGAUGACGGAAGGCUACAGCAUGAGAAUAAAACAGAUCCAUAUAAUAACAGCAUCCAAGAUGGUGGAUGCCUUGCUUGCUUUAUUCAGGCAGGUGCUAAGCUCAAAGUUGGCGAAAAGGAUAACGUUACAUAAAAAUUUAGACACCUUCUAUGAAUAUGUCCCAAAAGACAUCUUACCAAUUGAAUAUAAUGGAACUGAAAGAUCGUUGAAAAAACUAAACGAGGAAUUUAUUGCCGAACUUACUAGUGAAGAAUUCGUGAAAUAUUUUGAAGAAAUGUACAAGGCUAAUACGGAUGAAUCUUGCAGACCUUCAGAUAAAUUUAAUGAACAAUAUGUUGGAAUGCCUGGAUCGUUUAGAGCCUUAAGUGUAGACUAAACUGUUUGAGGUUCUAAUAUAAGUAUAUUUGUCUCUUUCUAUCUUAUGAGUGUUUAUGAUGAAGGAUAGAGACAAAUAGGUCUGGACCCUGAUACAGAAUGUGAAUUCGCAAAUAAUGAUGAUGUUUUUAUGUCUUUAGGCCAGUUUAAUAUAAACGAAAUAAAAUGUCUGUCAUUUUAAGACGACAAUUUAAAAAGUUAAAAUAAAGUAAACAAGUUUUGUAAUGAUAAUCAUGAAAUUUGAAAUCUUAAUACCUUGUAAUAGAAAUUAGAUUUAUCCUAAAACUCUGUAAAAGUAUUGAUUUUUAAAAUAGUUUCGUCGUUUUAGUUUUAAGAAAUAACUAAUUUUAGUAAAUCCAUUUUAAUAUAAAAUAUAUUUUAACGGAAGUCGGAAUUAAUCAUUUAAGUUUUACAGAUACUUGUAUGUAAUUUUAUUUUAAACUAAAAUGAAUGUGUUUGGUUUUUAGUAAAAAAACAAUAAGAU